GAGCCUAGCUGUGAUCAUGUCGGACGUCGAAAGCGAAAGUUUUUCCUCGUCGCUGCUGGAUGAAUUCAGUGAGGACAGCUCGGACGACGUGGUGUCAGACGAUGAUCCGUAUUCAACGGACCCACUUCCGCUUCAUCCUCCGAUCAACAGGGAUGCAGUUGUUCGCGAAGUCACGCAAAACGAUGACUUUCGGUGUCUGUGCGGCGUCUGCAGUCCGGAGCAACCAGACGAAUACUUGUGCUGCACCUCAGUGAGCCAGGUUGCAGCUCUGUGUGACAGUGCUGGCGUGCAGUGCAUCACCGAGCACCGUCUGUUCCACGACUUCUGUCUGCGGAGGGAAAUGCUGGCGGUGAAUGCACGCCAGUACUGCCGCUACGACUAUCGGCUGCGGCUGUUGGAUCCGACAGACAACAGGUGUCUGAGGUUCACAGCCUACUCUAUAUUUGCCAGUUGGGUCUGGGGCUACCUCGGACCUAGAAAUAGGCGACAAAUUCCAGGCUGCGCUGUGCGAGCGAUUCGAAGAGAGCACCCGUCGCCUUCAUACCAAGGGUAUCUUUCUUAAGAAUGGUAUGUUUUCAGCAUACAUAUAUUAUAUGCAUCUGCUGGCUGAUUCCCUUUUCAUGGUUAUACCUUCAUAUUAACAAGGCUGUAUACUUCAGUGAACAUAAAAGGAGUAGGUAAGCUAGAGGGUGUCGACCUGAUAUUAUUGGCGUGAGUGUACAUUCCUGUACAUUUAUCACACUGUAAGGCUUCAAAGCCACAUACCUCACUUCCUUUUUUUGAAACAUCUAACUCAUUAAGCUAAUGCUCAUAAAAAGAUCAUGUACCUUUUUUCAAAUGUGAUGAAAAUCAAGAGCCACAAGCUGCCGUGUCGAAAGCAGUACAUGCACCACACAUACCGAAAAACC